AAACGUUUAAGUCCUUUUCAAUAGAUUUCGACGCACCGAAUGGGAUUCACCUUUUCUCAAGCGGCGAUGUUGUUUCAGGGCGAAUUAUUUUCGAAUUAUCAAAAGAAAUAAGAGUUAAUUUGAUCUCUGUGAUUGGAAAGGGAAAAGCGAAGGUUGCGUGGAGCACCGGGUCGAGUAAGAAUAGAAGACAUUAUUCUGCAAGAGAGGACUAUUUUAACAUGAAGUGCGACAUCAUACAACAAAACGGGGCUAUUGGUGGUGGCGAGACGGUCCUUUGCGAAGGAACGCAUGUCUACCCAUUCACAAUGCAGCUGCCACAAGGAAAUUUUCCGUCAGCAUUUCAAGGGGUUCACGGCAGAGUGACCUACGCUUUGGUAGUUCAGAUACACCGACCAUGGCAUUUGGCCAAGGAGUUCCGGGCAGAAUUGAAUUUUGUCAGCCACAUAGAUGCCAACCACCCACAACUGCUGGAACCAUUGGCGGCUUCCAAUAGCAAGGAGCUGUGUUGUCUCUGCUGUACUUCCGGGCCCAUCUCCAUGAAUGCUGGUCUGGAGAGGAAGGGUUAUGUUCCAGGAGAAAUGAUUCAGAUCAUCGCAGAGUUCGAGAACUCCUCUUCCCGGACAGUCAUUCCCACGGCAACACUCGUACAGACGCAGACCUUCUAUACAAUCAGCAGAUCAUCAAAGACACUUGUACCUAAAGAACUCGUCAAGAUUGAGGGAAGGCAUCUCAUGCCCAAUAGUACAGGAGUGUGGGGCGACCAAAUGCUGCAGAUACCUGCUAAUACACCCCUCACCAUCUCAAACUGCCAGAUUCUGGAGGUGGACUACUAUCUGCUGGUGAGUCUGAAAAUUCCCAAUGGAGUCAACCUCAAAGUUAUCAUCCCUCUGGUGAUUUGCUCUAUUCCUGUGUACCGUCCUCCCGCAGACUUCUAAAAACCUCACAGAUGCCAUGGAAAUCAGACUGCCACU